UUUGCAGCGGCUGCCGCGCGCCCAGGCCCAGUCCGCCGUCUCUCCGCGCCCUCCUGCAUCCGUUCCCUGCUCCUCUCCUCCCUGCCCGCGAUGGCGUUCAGAGUCCGGGGCUGGCAGCCCCCGCCGCUGCUCCUGCUGCUGCUCUGGGUGACCGGUCAAGCGGCGCCCGUGGCGGGCCUGGGCCUGGGCCCCAACGCCGAGCUGCAUAUCGAGCGGCGCUUCGUGCCCGACGAGUGCCCGCGUACGGUGCACAGUGGCGACUUCGUGCGCUACCACUACGUGGGAACUUUCCCCGACGGCCAGAAGUUCGACUCAAGCUAUGAUCGAGACUCCACCUUCAACGUGUUUGUGGGAAAAGGACAGCUGAUUGCCGGCAUGGACCAGGCCCUGGUUGGGAUGUGUGUAAAUGAGAGGCGUUUUGUGACGAUCCCCCCAGCGCUCGCCUAUGGAAGUGAUGGCGUUUCUGGUGUGAUUCCCCCAGAUUCAGUGCUUCAUUUUGAUGUACUUUUGAUGGACAUUUGGAAUUCAGAAGACCAGGUUCAGAUACACACUUACUUCAAGCCCCCCAGUUGCCCGAGGACCACCCAGGUAUCUGAUUUUGUGCGGUACCACUACAAUGGAACGUUCCUGGAUGGGACGCUUUUCGAUUCCAGUCACAAUCGCAUGAAAACUUAUGACACAUAUGUGGGCAUUGGCUGGUUGAUUCCAGGGAUGGACAAAGGACUUCUGGGCAUGUGCGUGGGAGAGAAACGCAUCAUAACCAUCCCUCCUUUUCUGGCCUAUGGAGAAAAUGGAGAUGGGAAAGACAUUCCUGGGCAGGCAUCUCUGGUCUUUGAUGUUGCAUUAUUGGACCUCCAUAACCCCAAGGAUGGCAUUUCCAUUGAGAAUAAGGUGGUGCCUGCAGACUGUGAGCGGAGAAGUCAGAGUGGGGAUUUCCUGAGGUACCAUUACAAUGGCACACUUCUGGAUGGCACCUUCUUUGAUUCCAGCUACUCCCGGAACCGCACCUUUGACACAUACAUUGGCCAGGGCUACGUGAUUCCUGGGAUGGAUGAAGGUUUACUGGGUGUGUGCAUUGGAGAGAAGCGGAGGAUUGUGGUGCCCCCUCACUUGGGGUAUGGAGAGGAGGGACGAGGAAACAUCCCUGGCUCAGCCGUGCUGGUGUUUGACAUCCAUGUGAUCGACUUCCACAACCCCUCAGACUCCAUCAGCAUCACCUCCCACUACAAGCCCCCCGACUGCUCAGUGCUGAGUAAGAAGGGGGAUUACCUCAAGUAUCACUACAACGCCUCUCUCCUGGACGGGACUCUGCUGGACUCCACGUGGAAUUUAGGCAAAACAUAUAAUAUUGUUUUGGGGUCAGGACAAGUCGUGCUGGGCAUGGAUAUGGGUCUCAGAGAGAUGUGUGUUGGAGAGAAACGAACAGUGAUUAUUCCGCCCCAUCUGGGCUAUGGGGAGGCUGGUGUUGAUGGGGAGGUGCCCGGCAGUGCUGUGCUGGUGUUUGACAUUGAGCUGCUGGAGCUGGUGGCAGGCCUGCCUGAGGGCUACAUGUUCAUAUGGAAUGAUGAGGUGUCCCCCAACCUCUUUGAAGAAAUUGACAAGGAUGGCAACGGAGAGGUCGUCCUCGAAGAGUUCUCAGAGUACAUCCACGCCCAGGUGGCCUCGGACAAGGGAAAGCUUGCGCCUGGCUUCGACGCUGAGAUGAUCGUGAAGAAUAUGUUCACCAACCAAGACCGCAACGGGGACGGAAAGGUCACGGCUGAGGAGUUUAAACUCAAGGACCAGGAGACCAAGCACGAUGAACUCUGAACUCCACAUGGGCCAGCUGGUGCCAGGGAGAGCAUGACGUCGGGUCACCUGUUGUGGC